CUCGACCAAACUUGCGUCGCAGUACCAGUAGUGGUUGAAUCUUUAUGUCUAUCCAACCAGACAACGAUGGUUUGUUUGCAAGGCUUAGAAGGGGUUUUGCGGUCCUCGGGUUUCUCUACCUUGGGGCAGUCAUCCUUCUAGCAGUGCCCUGGUUCCAGUCCCACAUUCUGUACAUGAACGCCUUGAAGCUACCUUGGAACGCACAUUUUGAUGCACCGGAAAGGCAUGGUCUUGCACCUGGGAAAACGGCAAACAUCAAGAUUCAGACCGCAGACAAUCACACCCUCGGCGCAUGGUUCAUUCUCUCAGAUACCAUAUAUCAUAAUUUGUCCUUUCCACCGCCUCCAUAUGCUGCAGAAUUGCACAUCUCAGAGGCCGUGGCACAGCGUCCAACUGUACUCUUUUUCCACGGCAAUGCUGCCACGCGGGCUCUAAGCAUGCGCGUUCGCCUAUAUUCAGGGUUUACCUCGCGCCUGAACGCAAAUGUCCUAGCAAUAGAUUAUCGUGGAUUCGGGGAUAGUCCAGGUACACCUACAGAGGACGGUUUGUCACUAGAUGCAAGAGCUGCAUGGGAUUGGCUGAUCGCGCAAGGUGCUUCACCGCAGGAUAUCCUUAUAGUUGGUCACAGUUUGGGAACUGCAGUGGCGUCCAGGCUUUCUGUCGACCUCUCUGAAGACGGUGUCAAGUUCAAAGGGACCGUCCUUAUGUCUCCUUUCUCCUCGCUCUAUACCCUGAUAGAUACCUAUAACAUUUUCGGUGUAUUUCCUGUCAUGUUACCCAUUAACAUGAUACCUCGAGCGGCUGGUAACACCUCACCAAUUUGCGUCCAGAAACUCAAAGUACCAAUAUUGUUACUGCACGCGGAGGAUGACUGGGAUAUCUCACACACCCACUCCGACGCUCUAUUUGAUGCUCUCCUGGAAUCAUAUCUCCCUCCUGUCUAUUCGCCGCCAGCAAGCCAAGAGUCGUGGUCAACACAACAGUGGAACGAGUACCAUGCUCAACUGGUCACGCGAAGGGAAACACGAGAAUCCUUAGUGACCCGUACCGUCAUCCCCGACUUUGGGUUAAUGGAUCAGGUUGGUACUCUUGAAGGUGUUCAAGAAGUGAUACGCGUUACGUUCUUCACGCCUGAGGCCUGAAGACUUGCGUUGAUAAUGAUGGGAGUUUGAUGGUAGCGUGUUUGUAUUAUACGAGCUGGAUAAUUAUACAAAAUCGAUGAAACCAUU